CCCAAACAAAAAACAUUCAUCAGUCUCAAUUCAAAAUCCUCCAUCAAUGGAGAAAUACGAGAAGCUCGAAAAGGUCGGUGAAGGAACCUAUGGAAAAGUCUACAAAGCAAUGGAGAAAACCACCGGAAAACUCGUCGCUCUGAAGAAAACUAGGCUCGAAAUGGACGAAGAAGGUAUACCACCAACGGCUCUCCGUGAGAUCUCUCUUCUCCAAAUGCUUUCUCAAUCAAUCUACAUCGUUCGUCUCCUCUGCGUCGAACAUGUUAUUCAAUCGAAAGAUUCGACUGUUUCUCACUCUCCCAAAUCCAAUCUCUAUCUCGUUUUUGAGUAUCUCGACACUGAUCUCAAGAAAUUUAUAGAUUCUCAUAGAAAGGGCUCGAAUCCUAGACCGCUUGAGGCUUCUCUUGUGCAGAGGUUUAUGUUUCAGCUUUUUAAAGGUGUGGCUCAUUGUCAUAGCCAUGGUGUGCUUCACCGUGAUCUUAAACCGCAGAAUCUUCUAUUGGAUAAGGAUAAAGGGAUUCUUAAGAUUGCUGAUUUGGGUCUUAGUCGUGCUUUUACUGUGCCUCUUAAGGCUUAUACACAUGAGAUUGUUACUCUUUGGUAUAGAGCUCCUGAAGUUUUGCUUGGUUCUACUCAUUACUCUACUGCUGUUGAUAUUUGGUCUGUUGGAUGCAUCUUUGCCGAGAUGAUUAGGAGGCAAGCUCUUUUCCCUGGUGAUUCUGAGUUUCAGCAACUACUUCAUAUUUUCAGGUAUUUGCUUCUUGUUUUUGAUGCCAAUGUGUAUGUAUACAGGAACCAGUUUAGGACUUUAGCCCAUUAGGUUCAGUACUCGUGAACUCAUUUGGAUUAUGGGGACUGUCUAGUAUCAAUAUAUCUGAAGUAUGGUUUUGUUUUGGGUUCUGGAGAUUGUUAGGAACACCAACUGAGCAGCAAUGGCCGGGUGUAAUGGCAUUGCGUGACUGGCAUGUCUAUCCAAAGUGGGAGCCGCAAGACUUAUCACGUGCUGUUCCAUCUCUAUCUCCUGAAGGAAUUGAUCUUCUCACGGUAAUGCUCUUUUCUAAAAUAUGACCAUUGUUGGAGAAGUGGCCUAAGAUUCUCUUGCAUACUUGAUCUCUUUAGUAGAUUCUUUCUGUUGGGGUUCGUUCCUAGUUGAUGAUAAUUUGUUUUGAACCUUUGAACAAUUGCAGCAAAUGUUGAAGUACAAUCCAGCAGAAAGAAUUUCAGCAAAAGCAGCUCUCGAUCAUCCCUACUUUGACAGCCUUGACAAAUCUCAGUUCUGACCUCUGCCAAAUUACUGAUCAGGCUUCUCUUUGGAGUUCUGAAGCUGAUGGCUCAAGUUUAUUGUCUUGGUGUCUUAUGCUGUGUGCUUUAGAAAGAUUUGUACUUAAACUAAACAAUCUGAAAACCUUGUUUGUUCAGCGAGAGUGAGAGAAUCUUC